AUGACGUCUCUCGAGCUUCCCCGUAUCCUCAUCGUGGAUCACUUCGACUCCUAUACCCUUAAUCUGCUGUCGUUGUUGCAUCCUGCGGCGGCGGAUGGGCAAACUUCACAGCAGCAUCGAGAGGAACUCACUCGUAGGAUUGCCCAGCGUGUGGUCGUCCUGCCUCACACGCACCCACUCCUCGCACCUAAUGCCUUCCUCGAGCAUGUCCGGCCUCACAUCGAUGCCAUCAUCCUCUCGCCAGGUCCCGGCAGCCCAGAUAAGGCUGCUGACUUCGGAGCUGCAGAGACCCUUCUUAAGGACGUUCGCUUGGAUAUUCCCGUCCUCGGUGUCUGUCUAGGUCAUCAGGGUCUGGCUACAGCUUUCGGCGGACAAGUGACCCGCGCCAUCAGUGUCCGACAUGGUCUACAGAGCAGGCUCAAGAUCUCGAAACGUCCAGACGACUCGUCGCAAUCGCAGGAAAGGGCGCCAUCUAUCCUGGAAGGUGUGCCACAGGAUUGCCUCGUGGUGCGCUACAACAGCUUGGUCGUCGAUGCAGAUACUCUGCCGGACUGUCUAGAGGUCACCGCCUGGAGCUACGACAAGGUCUCAACCGCACCUCCUCCGAGACCGGGCAACACAAGGAAGCGCGUCGCGCCUCCGAUCAUGCGAUCCACAGCAGAGCCCCUCGCGCCAUUCAAGCAUCGCGAUGUUGCCAACCUGAGUCGAUCUCCGUCGACUGUACCAAUCUCUUCCCGCGGCGGCUCGGAGCGGCUCUCGGACAUUGGCGAGCUCGCCUUGUCCGAGGCAACGAGCGUCAGUGACAUCCAAGACGUGGACUGCGCCAUCGCGAACGACUCGACGUCUUCGCCGGCGAUCAUGGCGCUCCAGCACAAGACGCUGCCGUUCCACGGUGUACAAUUUCACCCCGAGAGCAUCGAAUCCACAUGGGGCCACACCAUCAUGACCAAUUUCUUGGACGGUGUCCGAAAAUUCUGGGAGCAAGUCUCGGCGAGAGACGGAGAUGGUGCAGCGCGAGAAGCGCGAGCAAGGAUCAGCUCCUGGACCGACACUCGCCUUGCGCUUCCCAGGCACAUCUCGCUCGCAGGCGAGCGCUGCCUUGCCAGCGACACUUCGACCUUGAUGAUUGCCUCUGCCUCGACAGCAAACGCGAAGCCCGCUCCCAUGAAGCUCCUGGCACGUCGAUCUGCCUCUCUCUCUGAUGACUGCAUGCCUGACAUGGUCGGCAUCUUUGAUCGGCUGUUCCGCCACCAGAGCCCCGCUGGAGCAGUGUGGCUAGAUAGCGCUCGGCACAAGGACCCACACAGCCGCUACUCCUUCAUGGCUCUCCCUUCUUUCGCGCUUUCAUACAAGGACGGCAGCGAUGCUGUGAUCGUCUCGGGAGACGAGCAGAGUCAUCACAACGCCCAACUAGGAAAGACAGCCCAACCAGCGACACUCUGGUCCUUCAUGGAUGCGUUGCAGCGCGACCUGCGGUCCUCGAUUGACAUGUCCGCGUCGAAAGGCUUGCUUGAUGACGAUCAGCAGGGCACGAUCUUCCAGACUGGCUUCUCUGGCUACUGGGGCUACGAGAUGAAGAACGAGAGUCUGCAGCUUGACACGCGGGUACCGGUCGGUAGCAGGGCGGACGACUUUGAUGCCGAGUUCCUCUACUGCCCCCGCGUGCUUGCGUUCGACCAUCACCUGCGCCAGUGGAUUGCGUUCGCUUUGGUUGAAGGCGCACAGCCGACCUCGCCUCGAACAGGACCGUUCGGAGAGGUGUCUGGCGCCCUCGAGUCCCUGCAAGCAGACGGCCGAUCCUGGGCCAAGUGGGGUCUGGAGAGCGGCAAGGCCGAAUCAUGGCUCGAAGAGGUGCUGAAUAGCGCCUUGCAGGCAAGUCAAGGCUCAGCGUUGCCGAAAGCAGCAUCAGAUGGCUCGGCGUUCCGCGAGGCGAUGCCGCCACUGCGACCACGCAUGCUGGCGGAAGACUACAUGGACCAGAUCGAGUCGGCGCGCGAGCUGAUCGCUGCGGGCGAGAGCUACGAGCUGUGCAUGACGAACCAGUUCCAAGGACGACUGGCGCCGCUCUCGUCGCUUCCCGAGACCGCCGAUACGGACCACUUUGACCUGUACUGCAAGCUACGCGCGCGCAACCCCGCGCCGUACUCUGCGUUCCUCCGACUGCCUUCGUUCUGCAGGCAGCCUGGGGUACGGCAACGCGGGCGGGCGAUUCUCAGCACGAGCCCAGAACGCUUCAUGCGCGUCACUGCGGAUGGGCUGGUGGAGAUGAAGCCGAUCAAGGGGACGCUUGCUCGUGCGGGCUACGCGCCGGGCGAGCACGACAUGCGCGCGGGUCACGGUGACGCGCAUCAGGAACUGAUCAAGCGCAAGUGGCGCGAGGCACAGGACGAGGCGCGCCGCGCCAAGCUCUCGGCAGAUGUCAAGGAGCGUGCCGAGAACCUGAUGAUUGUCGACCUCAUCCGAGCCGACCUCUUUUCGUUUUGCCACUCAGACAGCGUCGCGGUGCCAAAGCUGAUGCAGGUCGAGUCGUACGAGACUGUGCACCAGCUGGUGACGACGGUGACGGGGAAGCUCAAGGCGUCCGUCGGAACCACCGAGGCGGUGAGGAGGUGUUUCCCGCCUGGAAGCAUGACGGGGGCACCCAAGCGUCGCAGUGUCCAGCUGCUCGAGCGACUUGAAUUGAACCUCGCCGAUGCGGAGCGCGAUGAUGAUCUGCGCGCUCGCAGGGGGAUCUAUUCGGGUGCGCUCGGAUGGCUGGGCGUCGAUGGCGCCGCGGACUACUCUGUCGUCAUCCGCACGUUGAUUGCUAACGGAGACGAUGUCUCGAUCGGCGCUGGAGGCGCUGUUACGUAUCUCUCGGAUGCCAGACAGGAGUGGCAGGAGGUGCUGGACAAGGUUACAGCCCUCGCCACCAUUGACCUUUGA